AUGGAUGCAGGUCUCAUCUUAGCCGCCGAAAGCGAAGGCGCUCAUAAUGUCACUGCCGCAUACCUGGCCGAGGAUUCCGGGGGCACGCUGAUUGGUAUCUCGAUCGCGUUCGCCAUUCUCACGACGUUCUUCCUGGGUCUGCGACUGUACGCCAAACGAUUUACGGCGGGCGGCUAUGGCAUCGACGACUACUUCCUCGUGGCGGCGUAUUUCGUCGACUUGGGAAUGUGUGCGGUGGGCAUAGUUAUGGUUCGGGUGGGCGGUGUUGGACGACAUGUUGAAUUCGUCGAAGAGUUUCACCCGGCGCUGCUGGUCGGAUGGGCCAAGUGUAUUCUGGCCUUCGAGAUUGUCUACUUCGCGUCCGUGGCGUUGCCAAAGAUGGGGAUCGUUUUCCUGUACCUUCGUGUAUUCAACUGGAAAGGCGGGAUGCGAAUGACCGCGUACAUCCUGCUGGGCACGCUCGCCGCUACGAGCUUGUCGUUCAUCCUCACCGCGUGCUUCCAGUGCACGCCACUCCCGUUCUGGUGGGAUCGAACCAUUCCGGGAGGUAAAUGCGUCGACGUGCAGGCCUUCUUCCAUGCGCAGAGUAUCCCGGGGUUCGUGCUGGAUUUCUUCAUCAUGGCUCUGCCCAUGAAGACCAUCUGGGGCCUAAAGCUUCCCACGCAUAAAAGGAUAGCGCUGGUCGGAAUCUUCAUGGUCGGCAGUUUCGGUGUUGUCGCAUCCAUCAUACGAGCAGUCACUUUCUUCGGGACGGCAGCCUUUACAGAUCGGACAUGGGCAUCUGUGGCUCUCGUCGGCUGGAGCAUCAUUGAAACCGGAACAUACAUCAUCGCAGCCUGCCUCCCGCACCUCAGGCCCAUGAUCUCGCACUACACGCCGCCAUGGCUGAAGUCCAUGGUCCGCAAGACCGUGUCUCAGGCCAGCAACUCCAUGUCCAAAGUGACGGCCUCGAAACAUUCGCAUGGUCGCCGCGGCGACGACGAGGUGGAGCUCACGGCUCGAUCGAAAAAGCAGACCGUUGACACAGAAAGCGACAUGGCAGGAGACGAAGAGCGCGGCUAUGGAGGGAUGCAGUCUCCUUCUGGCACGACGGUUGAGGUGCGCAAGUCGGAUGAAAUGAUGAGCGGCGACUGGGCUACGCAGGGGCAAAUACGAGUGACGACGGAGGUCAAGCUGGAGAGGGUGCGGACGUCGGCGAUUAUGAAAGACUAA